AACAAUAAAAAAACGCCCGCUCUCUCUCUCUUGCCACAUUCAAAGCUUGGCGAGCUACGGUGCCGGUUCGAAGUUGCAGCUCCGCAGUACAGGCAGAACUCUUUUGGAACCGUGCUUCUGUCAGGCAUCAUGUGAGAUGGGCCAAGCGUGCGGACACUCACUGCUGUGCCGUAGCCAGCAGUACCGACCAGCAGCAUCAGAGAUAAAAGGACAGCAGGUGUUCCUGAGAGCAGAGGAGCCACUGUUACACUCUGACACCCUGCAGGAUGCCCUUCUCAGACUGGCCUCUGUCACUGACAGCAGCUCCUUGCAAGAUGCCAUCAGAGACACACUUCAGACACUGCUUUCCAAAGUGGAAGGUGUUUUUGUCUACUUGCUAGAUGUGGAAAGUGGCCGGUUGCUGUGUGAGGCCCUGCCCCAUGAGUUGCUCACAGAGGGAAAACUCAGAGAUGUGAUCACACAGCAGCAAAGGGUUCAGUGUGAUGGUUUGCCCCCAUCAGAGCUGCAGGAGGAACAAAGAAGCAGCCUGGCCUCACCUCUGCCACCUGACAAAUGUGUGCUGAUAAUUCCACUCGUGGACCAGGAUGGAGGUACAGUCAUCGCUCUCAUCUUGGUGUGCUGCAAGCAGCCAACUGAAGCAGAGGAACAGAGGCUCAACAUCCUGGAGAAGCAUGUCACCAUGGCCUGCAAGAGAGUCCAGGCUGCACAGAGAGUCACCCAGUGGCAAGUUAGGUCACCCGGCCCGUCGCCCAGCCGAUCCCAGCAUUCCUUGUCUGAGACGACCACUGCGGGGGGAAACUACAAUGAACUAGACUGCAAGAUCCUCAAACUGUGUGGAGAGCUGUACGACCUGGAUGCUGCAUCGCUCCAGCUUAAAGUCAUCCGUUACCUGCAGCAGGAGACCCAGUCACUUUGUUGUUGUCUGCUGCUUGUGUCAGAGGACAAUCAACAACUCUUCUGUCAGGUUGUGGGAGAUAAGAUCUUGGAGGAAGAAAUCUGCUUUCCUCUGACAUUUGGCCACUUAGGGCAGGCAGUGGAGAAGAAGAAAUCCAUCACUCUACAAGAUGUCAGUCCCGAGGAACACCGGCAGCUGAACAGCAUGCUGGGAUUUGAGGCGCGGUCAAUGCUGUGCGUGCCUGUUGUGAGCCGUGCCACGUCGCAGGUUGUGGCUCUUGCCUGCGCGUUCAACAAGAGAGGAGGAGAAAUGCACACACAGGUGGACGAGCGCAAGAUCCAGCACUGUUUCCGCUACACCUCCUCGGUGCUGACAAGCACGCUGGCCUUCCAGAAAGAGCAGAAACUCAAGUCUGAAUGCCAGGCACUGCUGCAGGUUGCCAAAAACCUCUUCACACACUUGGACGAUGUGUCAGUGUUGCUGCAAGAGAUCAUCGCAGAAGCCCGAAAUCUGAGCAAUGCAGAGAUCUGUUCUGUUUUCCUGCUGGACCGUGUCAGUCACGAGCUGGUUGCCAAGGUGUUUGAUGGUGGAGUAGUAAAUGAAGAAGAGAAGGAAUUUCGGAUCCCUGCUGACCAGGGAAUCGCUGGCCACGUGGCCACUACAGGGAAGAUCCUCAACAUCAAGGAUGCCUACUCGCACCCGCUCUUCUACAGGGGUGUGGACGACAGCACGGGCUUCCGCACCCGGAACAUCCUCUGCUUCCCCAUAAAGGAUGAGAAUAAUGAGGUCAUCGGAGUGGCUGAACUGGUUAACAAGAUCAAUGGGCCAUGGUUCAACCGCUUUGAUGAGGACUUGGCUACAGCCUUCUCCAUAUACUGUGGCAUCAGCAUUGCUCACUCCCUGUUGUACAAGAAGGUUCACGAGGCCCAGUUUAGAAGUCACCUAGCGAAUGAGAUGAUGAUGUACCAUAUGAAGGUGUCAGAUGAGGAAGUCACCAAACUGAUGUCCAAUGGGAUCCAGCCAGUGGGUGAAAACCACCCCCACUUUGCUGAGUUCACCUACACACCACGGUCGCUGUCUGAUGAGAGCACACCCAGGGCUGUUCUCAGCAUGUUUGAGGACAUGGGUUUCAUCAAUACCUACAAGAUCAACCUGCACACGCUGGCCCGGUUCUGCCUCAUGGUAAAGAAGGGCUAUAGAGACCCACCCUACCACAACUGGAUGCACGCCUUCUCUGUCUCACAUUUCUGCUAUCUUCUCUGCAAGAACCUGCAGCUCACCAACUACCUUGAGGACAUUGAGAUCUUCGCCCUUUUUGUGUCCUGUAUGUGUCAUGACCUGGACCACAGGGGGACAAAUAACUCUUUCCAGGUGGCAUCGAAAUCUGUACUGGCUGGCCUCUACAGCUCAGAGGGCUCUGUUAUGGAGAGGCACCAUUUUGCACAAGCAAUUGCCAUCCUCAACACCCAAGGCUGCAACAUCUUUGACAAAUUCUCUAGAAAGGACUACCAGAGAAUGUUGGACCUAAUGAGGGAUAUCAUCUUGGCCACAGACCUUGCUCAUCAUCUACGCAUUUUCAAAGACCUGCAGAAAAUGGCUGAAGAGGGCUACAACCCUAAAAACUCUCAGCACCACAGCCUCCUGCUCUGCUUACUCAUGACGUCCUGUGACCUCUCUGAUCAGACCAAGGACUGGAAGACCACCAGGAAGAUUGCGGAACUUAUUUACAAGGAAUUCUUUUCUCAAGGUGAUCUGGAGAAGGCUAUGGGGAACCGCCCCAGUGAGAUGAUGGACCGAGAGAAGGCCUAUAUUCCUGAGCUGCAGACCAGCUUCAUGGAGCACAUCGCCAUGCCUAUCUACAAACUCCUACAGGACCUGUUCCCCAGGGCAGCAGAGCUGUACGAAAGGGUGGCAGCCAACUGCGAGCAGUGGACUAAGGUCUCCCAUAAGUUCAACAUCCGUGGGUUGCCCAGCAACAACUCGCUGGACUUCCUGGAUGAAGAGUAUGAGCUGCUGCAGGCACAGCACAGGGGGAACGGCCUGAGGACCAACGGCUGUUCAGAGUCCCAGGAGUCCAUUGAGGAGGAGAGGGACAUAUAGAACCCAUGGCACAUAUGCACACAGAGACAAAGACUAAACAAACUGUAUGUGUUUGCAUCAGUCUGUAACAACGGUUUGUGAAAGACGGGGGUAUUACCAUUAGGAUCAUAGAAACCAUUAUGAAGCCACAGUAGUUCUGCCGUAGAGAUGGAGUUACUGUCACUGAGACAUGU